CUAGGACACCGGCAAAAUGGAACGUACCUCAUUUCAUUGUGUUGUUUUGUGUUGUUAUUGUUGGAGAACCAGUCCGUCGCGAGUUUACCGUAUUCAAGUUUCGCCGAUCCUGCCAUUGAUUGAGAUUUGACAAAUUAUUGUCACAACAAGUUUGAAAAUGUCGUCUGAUGCUCCAGCUGGUGGUGAUGGCAACAAGCUGUCCCCAGACUCGCCAGUUCACAGCUUAAUGGUGCCAAGCCCCAUUGUUACAAGGAGAACUCGCACUUUAUCCACGUGUGCAAGAGCCACCGAGACUCAAGAUAUCGGGACGGUAAAAUCAUUUUGUCGAUCCAAGGGUCAUGGCUUCAUAACGUCUGGUGAAACUGGUGCAGACAUCUUCGUUCACAUUUCAGACAUUGAAGGAGAGUAUGUUCCUCUACCUGGUGAUCAGGUGCAAUACAAGCUCUGUCCUAUUCCUCCCAAGUUUGAGAAGAAUCAAGCCAUUCAUGUUAAUAUUAUAAAUUUCACCCCAGAAGUUCAUCUUAAAUGGGACUGUCCAAAUGGUGAUGGUAAUUAAUUCUAUGUCUUACUUCGCCAAGCUGCUAGAUAUUCUUCAUGUAUUGUGUAUCAGGGAGAUUUUUAGUAUGUAUGGAUGAAAACAUUGUGUCAACUUUUUUUGUACUGCUCCAAUAUGCGCUAUUGUCAAUUCAAUAGAUCAAUCAAGACUUGUUUUAUUUUCGGCUUCUCCACCUUGUGCUAUUAAAGACUAGACUCUGUUCACAUUCCAACAUAAAAAGGAAAUACAGCAACAGAUAUUAAUAACAUUUUAACUAUUGUAGUGUAGAGACAAGUCAAACAGUUAUCAUUUUAAAAAGGUAUGUACUUUAGGGUCAUUGCCACUUUAUAUUUUACAGAGAUCCAGUAUGUAGGAUGAUAUUCAACUGGUGCAUGUGUUAGUUUGUAGAAUCAAGAAUGUACUCCUAGCUAAUUGCAAAAACCAUAUUGUACUUACCAUGAAUAAAAUGUUUUUCAAAAAUGAGAUUUUAUUCAAGGCAAUAUUUGUGAAUCUCUCAGUAUUACACACAUUGUUAUUGAUGUUUGAAUUUCAAAACCUGUGUAAACUUCUGUUACUCAGUAACUAGCUACUGCCCUUAGUGUGGGGUAGAGUUGCUGCUUUAUUUAAUAAAAUUUUCCUGUAGAUCUCAUGGUAAGACCAAAUGUUUUAUUGUGUGAUGAGAGUUAAUCCUAGUCGUCAUGAUCUGUCCACAAUGUGUGUCUGAUUUAUGCCGAAUUGUAAAGAUGUUUUGUAGAAGCAAUAUCUAUUGGGGAUUGAACCAUCCCUAUGUAUUUUCGUAUUGAUUUUGUCAUCCCCAAGAAAAAUUGUUCCUUGCAUUCAAAAGACAGGUAAAACACUAUCUGCUCAUAAAUGCUGAUGUUCCUCAAAUAAAAUAUGGUUUUUUGUAGAAGAAAUUUCCAUUGCUGAUAAAAAUAAAGACUGUAUUUUGGA